AUGGAGCUGCGCAGCGGAGCGAUUCUCCCCGGCCCCGUGCCCGUCCCCAUAACGGCGGCGGAGCAGCACGCGGACGGGUGGUUCCGCGAGGGCGUGCGCCUGGUGUUUGCGCGCUGGACUGCGCUGCAGCUGGCGGUGGAGAAUCAGUGGGGCGGCGGAAGGAGCGCGGAGAAGGCGCAACACAUGCAGGCGGACCUGGUGCAUUUCUGCUACAGCAAGCGCGGAGCGGUGUACGGGGACGAGCUGGAGGAGUGGCUGGACGAGGCGACGGUGAGGGAUUUCAACAUGGAGGUGGAGGACGGGAGCCUGCGAGAGGUGGCAGAUAAGGUAGUGGAGGUGUUUAAGGCAUGUCGGGAUGGCAGUUUCACACUUGUACAGCAGCUGCAGGCAGAGGAAGCAGCCGCUGCUGCCAAGGGAAGGCGCUCGGCACUGCAGCAGAGCAAAGCGGCAAACCGCAACGCAGACAGCGAUGACAGUGAUUCUGACGUGGAGGAAGUGGGGAACGGGGGAGCCAUGGAUGAAGAUGCGCCAGGAAGGUGGUGCUGGGAUGGGAGCUUCUUGUUCGGGAUCGCGUAG